ACAUUGCACAGUGACGUCAAGCUUUAACUUGUGUUCCGCGUGUUGUGGGGCGCUGAUGUCCCGAACUGUCAUUGGGUUUGACUUCUGCUACCUGGAAACUUUUCACAGCUUCGCCACUCAUUCAUCAAAAUGCUUCGGAACGCACUGUGCCGCUUGUCAAGCAAAACGGGACGCGUUUGUGCUGCGACGUCCGGUGUGGUGCGCGCGCUGUUCUCAACGGGGCCCCAGCAGAAACACGGUACCUUUUACGAGUUCCGAACAUACUUUAUCCGCCCGGACCAGAACUCAGCCUUCCUCAAGCUGACCAACGAGAAGAUCCACCUGAGAACGGCUCACUCUGAGCUCCUUGGCUACUGGAGUGUGGAGUAUGGAGGCCUCAACCAAGUCUUUCAUAUCUGGAAGUAUGACAGUUUUUCUCAGCGGGCAGGUGUGCGGGCAGCUCUGUCUCAGGAACCCAAAUGGCUCGGGGAGUACAUCUCUAAAGCCAUCCCCAUGCUGACCACCCAGGACAACGAGGUCACCUACCUGGUCCCCUGGAGCCAGAUCCAGAGCCCGCCCAAGGAGGGCGGGACGUAUGAGCUGGCCUCCUUCCAGAUGAAGCCAGGAGGCCCGGCUGUGUGGGGCGAGGCGUUUCAGGCCUCGGUGUGCGCCCGUGCGACCCCCGGCUACGGCCACCUGGUGGGGGUCUUCCACAGCGAGUUCGGACCGCUCAACAGAGUCCACGCCUUGUGGUGGUACGAGAGUCCAGACCAUCGCGCUGCCGUCCGCCAUGAAGCGCACGAGGACGCCAGGGUGGUGGCUGCAGUGAGGGAGAGCGUGUCCCACCUACAGUCCCAAAGCAGUAAGCUCAUGUUUCCCUGCAGCUUCUCCCCUCUGAAGUAGCACCAACUUGUCUGGAAACCAUCACUUCUCCUCAUCCACUGUGUAAUUAUGUCACGUCUAGGUUAAAUCAUUGCUGUCAAUCACAUAACAUUGAUAUUUAGAAAUUGACUAGCUGUUACACUACAAGUUUACAGUUACCUUUACUGGUACCGCUAUCACCACCAACCUAGUGCAACCGUUUCUUAUUGAUUAGAAACGAUUGUUUCUGGAUAGAUUAUUACCAACACAGGGCAAGUUUGUAAAGAAAGGGAAAUUAACUGGCACUUAUUUGAAUUGGCGAUUACAUCACUUUAGAGUAUUUAGAUAGUAUUUAGAGUAUAGUACUUUAGAGUAUCGUGGUAGCGGUUACAUUUCAACAUGCACACAGUCCUUUUUUACUUUUUUGCUUUACUUGCUAUCGUCUGAAAUUGAGAUUAUCCACAAAGUGGGUUGAACCGUUUUGAAUAUAAACAAAUGAUUAUACACUUUAUAAUACAACUGUGUUUUAUAUUUGCGAAUGUUUACAAAUCAUGCAUAAUGUUUUCUGUUGCGACCAUAGAAUAUCCCCUAAUCUUGAUUAAAUGCACUAAUAUAUGUUAGAUCAGCCUUAUAACAUGAAAUGUGAAAAUAAUAAACAGACUUUAUGAGUAAGACUU